AUGACCACCACCACAAAUUCCGCUCCGAAACAACAUCUAACCCUCUUUGUGACUUUCCACAUCAAACCACAUCACAUUGAAGACUGGAAAGCCGCUCACCGCCCCGUCUGGGCUGCCUGUGCAGCGGAGCCAGAAUGCAUAUACUUUGAUGUCUUCCAGAAUCCAACCAAGCCCGGCGAAUUCCGCCUCGUAGAGGUCUGGAAUGCGAGUCGGAAAUGGUUCGAGACGGAACAACUGACAAAAGACUACUAUUCGACUUUGUGGGAGAAAUCGAAGCCAACCUGGGAAAGUGAGGUGGAGAUCGAGUACUGGGAAAGACUAGGAGAAGGGAUGAGCUACAAGGAGGAUUUUUUAGCAGGCGGAAUAGAGGGCGAUGCGAGUUGA